AUGGAACAUUUCCAGACCAUUCUGUCAGCUGUGGGGCCCAUCUCAAUCGUGGCCGCAGCUUUAACAGUGCUCACCUGGAGGAUUAUGAUCUUAGACAUAGUCACAGCGAUAGUCACGGCGAAUACUAGACUAGCUGAAGGUAUUCUUCCCACUAUGGCCAGUACUGUGGUCACAGGAUGUGUAAAUCUUGUCAAACAUUUGGGUCCAGAAAAAGAAAAGAGACUUGCCUCCCUGGUGGUCUCUGAGCAUGGUGCCAUAGGAGCAGCAUUAGGUGGAGCAGUUGGUGGAGCUGUUGGUGGAGCAGUUGGUGGAGCUGUUGGUGGAGCGGUGCACACAGUCUUGGGAGAGGUUCUCCCGGUCUUCAGACAGGCAGUUGGGGUCGCACUGGGUGUAGUUUUGGGUAGGAUAUUUGGCCAGGCAUUCACCAACGAAAUCAUGAAAAUGACCGCAAUAACAGACAAAGGGAUCGCAGGAGCACUAGGGGGAGCUUUAGCGGGCGGCUUCGGAGCAUUGUUUGGCUUCAUGGCAGGAGGGAUUGUUGGAGGCUUCAUGGCAGGAGGGAUUGUUGGAGGCUUCAUGGGUGCGCUGUUGGGGCAUGUGGGAGUUAAAUAUUUAGGCAAUUGGUUGAAGGAGACAUUUCUUGGAGGAAUGCAAUGUUUAAUUUCAGUGCUUUCAGCCAUAGCCAUUGGACUUAUCACAUCCAUAGGACAUAUCACAACAAUAUUUGGAGUCAUGGGCCUGCUUGCAAGCUUGGUGGCAAUCCUGGUUGUGCUCAUAGCAUCCAACAAACAACACACAUCCAAAGCUAUUCACACCUCUACCAACGAGGAAGAAGUACAAGGAGAAGAUGGCAAUCAAGAAGAGAACGAGAAGGGGAGAAACGUCGACGACCAGAAACUUGUUUGGCAAUAUUUUGCCUUGAUGCUUUCAGUUGUGGGGCUUAUCACAAUAAUCUUUACAGGUGUAACGGCAGCCUUAACUCUAGUAAGCUUAGCAGUGAUCACAGUGGUGGUUGAACUAUUCAGUGGGGGACAUGAAUCCAAGGGUUCAUCCGGAGUCGUAACAGCAGCCAAGGGCAUUGUAGGACCUGCUGUCACAGGCUGUGGAAAACUAGACGAACUUUUGAAGCAAGUCGUAAGACAGAAAAUAACGCCAGUAGUGUUCUCUAAGCAUGGGGGAGAUGCUUGCACCAUCGGGGGAGGAAUCGGUGGAGCAGUUGGUGGAACUAUUGGUGGGACAGCACUCACAUUCUUGAAGGUAGUGAUACAUCCAAUCUUCGGGCAGGCAGUUGGCGCUGCACUGGGGUUAAUUGUUGGUUGGACAAUUGGCAAAGCCUUCACCACCGACAUCAUGACCAGGCGUGGGCAAAUGGACAAACGUGCUGCAGGGGCAGUAGGUGGCGCUAUAGGGGGUAACAUUGGGACGCUUUUUGGCUUCAUGACGGGAGGAGUUGUUGGCGGUUUAACUGGAGGCGUGAUGGGCAUGAUGGGGGAUAAGUACCUAGGGAUCAGGAGUUAAUUGGUUUGAAAAUAUGGUUUAAGUUUAUUAGUAAACAGGAUGUUUCCUAAACAGACUUAUUACACAGAUUACAUACUAUUUCACACUAUGCAUUUUUCCACCAACAGGGAACCCAUUCUUGAACCGGUUCCGUUCAGAAUUUUUGAGCCUUGGUACUAUCUAGUGAACCAGCCUGCAUUUCCACCAGUUUAGAAACCGAACCAAGGGUGUGUCAUCAACAAUGGGUGUUGCAUGCAAAACAAAAGUUAAUGAGAUGCAUGAUAUGACAGUUGUCCCAAAGAAAUGUCAGA